UUUUUCAUUCUGUUGGCAAUUUUUACAACCCAGAAGGUAAAUCACUUCGCGUUAAAACCUUGGGAAAAUUUUGCCACCCUUGCUGCAUAUUUUCCAAAAUUUGUACCAAAAUGAAGUGGUUUUCUUGCCUGGCUAUCUUGUUUUGGUUCAUUGUAUCAUCUGAUGCCAACUGUGAACGAGCCCAAGUGAAAGACUGCAUAGAAAAAUACGUGAAAGAGUUGAAUGAAAAGCCAGAUAUCAGCUCCCAUUGUGACCGCUUGCGGGAUGUAUUUGGCUGUUUUUGGUCAGAAAACCCUGAAUGCACCCGGGGUAGAAUGAUUAAACGCUGGAGAGGAUGGGUGUUAAUGGUUCGCACGUUGGAGAAGUAUCUUGACUUGUGUGAAAUUGAUGACCAAAGACUGCAAAACUUCUACAGAAAAUUGCCUGAUGAUUCAAUACCAAAACGUUUCUAUAACUUCUUGCGGACUUCCAUUAUUUCUGAUGUCGACAAGAACUGUGCAAGGCGUGUCCACCUUGGGUGCAACAAAAUGUUUGUUGAUGAAGUAAAAAAUAACCAUCGCAUUUGCGAUGAUGGCAGAGAUUGGCUGCAAUGCUACAACAACAGCAACUGUAACCAAGAAUCUGCCAUAGUCCGUUAUGCCAAGUACGUUGGAGAAUUGGUGACUGAGCUUGUAACUGACUGCAAUUCCUAGUCGUGCUUUUCGUUAAGUUCGUUGGUUGUGACACGCAUCCAACCAAUCAUACUUGUUAACGUUAUCAUGAUGCAAAAUAAAUCUUAAAACUACAGCGUACAUAAUUUGCGUUGUUGUCCUUUUUGUCAAGGUUCCUUCGAUGAAGGGCUACCUCUCGAAGCGAUACCUGCUAGACGUGAUUUUUGCUACUGCGGUUGAUUGAACAACUUUUAAGUUGUUAUCAUUUAAAAAUUAUAAUCAACCAAGUGUAUCACAUGCCCGCUAACACAGCACAAUGGUUUUCGUAGAAACCUAUUACGUGACCAUUUCCAUUACAGCAGAGACCCAUAAGUGGCUGACAAGUGCAGCGUGCGUUCACAGAUUCUAUAGGCAAGUGACCUUAUUUGGAAACCCCUUGCUCUUACCCAUGCAGUAAACUAAACGUCAAAGCAAACACAGUAUUAUCUUCGACAGUCAAUGAUCAUGUGACGUUUUUGAAGAGAUUUGGAGUAUUUAUAAUUUUUGUUAAAAAUAGAAUAAAGCAUCCGUUUGAAUUUCCAAAAAAUGCGCAUUAAAGAAGGGUUAAAUACAUGCAAUGCGAUAAAACCUAAGUAGGAACAAAGCAAUGGCUUAAAAUUAUGAGGAUUAUGAACUAAACUCUAUUACUAGUAUAGGUACCUUCCCCUUAAUUGGGCUCUAGUCAAUAGCAGUUUUACCCCCAGCAUUUAAUGAUGUUUUACAAACAGUCUGCCAAUACCCAUUUUUACUGCUAGGUCAGUUGAGAGUCAAGUGCAUUGCCAGUAAAGAACACAACACAGUGACCUUGACAGUGCUUGAAACAAGGCUGUUUGAUCUACAGUCCAAACACCUCAAACAUUAGGCCAACCGAGUCUCCCAUAUGUUCAUAUAAGGCGUUAGUGAAAUUACUAUUCAGUGCUGACAAU